AAUGGAGUAAAUUAGUGAAGAAAAUUAAUGUAAAGCAAAGAGAAGCUGGCAACGGAAUCUGAACCAGACCCAGUGGAUGAAUGAAUGAAUUGAGAGCGCCAGUAAAUCUCUCUCUGUCUGUCUCUCCCUCUCUCUCUCUCUCCGGAUUUAAACAAGUAUUUUCACUGCCCUUUAACCAGGUCGAUCUUAACCCUUGUUCUUGUUUGCCGUCUUCUUCCACAAUCUGUACAAAAAAAUCUUCUUUUUUUUUGGUUGACCACGCCGCUUAUUUUGUCUGAGUGAAGAUAUUGGGGAAACCCAUUGGGAGAGAGCCUCGUCCCGUGUGGAUUUCGGAUCAGAACGCGCGAUCCCUUCGGGACUGACCUAGAGAUGGCUACUGUCAAUUCUUCUGCUGGGCAUGCUUGUCCAGCUCCAAUGAAGGCGACUUCAAAUGGGGUUUUCCAAGGAGAUAACCCCAUAGAUUUCGCAUUGCCCCUUGCGAUAUUGCAGAUUUGCAUAGUGGUGGCUCUCACUCGAGGUCUCGCCUAUCUUCUUCGUCCUCUUCGUCAGCCUCGUGUUAUUGCAGAAGUCAUUGGAGGAAUUAUGCUCGGGCCGUCUCUUCUCGGCCGGUCCAAGGGUUACCUCAACACGAUCUUCCCGUCCAAAAGCCUGACAGUGCUCGAAACUCUGGCCAACCUCGGCAUUCUUUUCUUUCUCUUCCUCGCUGGUCUCGAGAUCGAUACCGGAUCCCUUCGUCGGACCGGGAAAAAGGCUCUCGCGAUUGCGGCGGCUGGGAUCUCUCUCCCGUUUGUUAUGGGUAUCGGUUCUUCUUUCGUGCUUAAAGCGACAAUCUCCAAAGGCGUGGACGGAACCGCCUUCCUCAUCUUCAUGGGCGUGGCCCUGUCCAUCACUGCAUUUCCCGUCUUAGCCCGUAUCUUAGCCGAGCUCAAGCUUCUGACCACCGACAUAGGGAGACUGGCCAUGUCGGCGGCUGCGGUCAACGACGUAGCAGCAUGGAUUCUCCUGGCUCUUGCCAUUGCCCUCUCGGGUUCCAACACCUCUCCUCUGGUCUCUCUCUGGGUUUUCCUCGGUGGGUGUGGCUUCGUCACCUUAGCCAUUCUCAUCAUCCCUCCUGUCUUCAGAUGGAUUGGAAGUAGGUGCCAUGAGGGAGAGCCGAUCAACGAAACUUAUAUCUGCGCGGCUCUGACCAUUGUUCUUGCUUGCGGGUUUGUAACCGAUGCAGUCGGAAUCCACGCCAUGUUCGGGGCUUUCGUGGUGGGAGUUUUGAUCCCAAAGGAAGGACCUUUUGCAGGUGCCCUCGUCGAGAAAGUGGAGGAUCUCGUCUCUGGCCUGUUCUUGCCGUUGUAUUUUGUGGCGAGCGGUCUGAAAACGAACGUGGCCACGAUUCAGGGCCUUCAGUCAUGGGGUCUACUGGUUUUGGUCAUAUUCACUGCCUGUUUCGGGAAAAUCGUUGGCACUCUUGCUGUAUCCCUCGCCCUCAAGGUACCGACAAGAGAAGCCGUGGCGUUAGGCUUCCUCAUGAACACUAAAGGGUUGGUCGAACUCAUCGUCCUCAACAUCGGGAAAGAUCGAAAGGUUCUGAAUGAUCAGACUUUUGCCAUUAUGGUUCUGAUGGCUCUGUUCACAACCUUCAUCACUACCCCCAUCGUUGUGGCCGUGUACAAACCGGCAAGAAGAUCCAAGAAACCAGACGACUAUAAGCACAGGACGAUCGAACGCGAAAGCCCUAGCUCGCAGCUCAGAAUCCUCUCCUGUUUCCAUGGCACCAGAAACAUCCCGUCGAUGAUCAAUCUCCUUGAGGCUUCCAGAGGUAUCGAGAAGGGUGAGGAUCUGUGCGUGUAUGCGCUUCAUUUACGAGAAUUCUCGGAGAGAUCUUCGGCUAUUCUGAUGGUUAAUAAGGUCCGGAAGAAUGGGUUGCCGUUCUGGAACCGGAAAAGUGUCGGUGGAUCGAAUGCGGACCAAGUCGUGGUGGCUUUUCAGGCGUUUCAGCAGUUAAGCAGGGUGACAGUCCGACCGAUGACAGCGAUCUCCUCGUUGUCUGAUAUCCACGAAGAUAUCUGCACGACGGCUGCGAAAAAACGAGCUGCGAUUAUAAUUCUCCCAUUCCACAAGCACCAACGGCUCGACGGGUCGCUCGAGACGACCAGGAGUGAUUACGGGUGGGUAAACCGCAAGGUUUUGCAGAACGCACCUUGCUCGGUCGGGAUCUUCGUGGACCGAGGGCUCGGCGGCUCGACCCAUGUCUCGGCCAAAGAUGUAGCUUACUCCGUCGUGGUUCUGUUCUUUGGCGGCCGUGACGACCACGAAGCACUUGCCUACGGCUUACGCAUGGCGGAACACCCUGGCAUUGCCCUGACGGUGAUCAGAUUCAUAGUCUCGCCUGAAAAAUCGGGGGAGAUCGUCAGGGUCGACGUGAAAAACGACGAUCCGGCGGCCAGGAACUUUAGAUCGGACGAGGAGGUAUUGUCUGAAAUCAGGAAGAGAGCAUCGGUCGAAGAAUCAAUCAAGUUCGAGGAGAAACGUGUCGGAAAAGCCGCCACGGAUGUCGCGUCGGCAGUGGAAGAAGUGCGAAGGAGCAGUCUCUUCUUGGUGGGUCGGAUGCCGGAGGGAGAAAUCGCGGUAGCGCUGAGGGAAAAGAUCGAGUGCCCGGAAUUAGGACCGAUCGGGAGCUUAUUGAUAUCGCCGGAAUCUCCAACGGCGGCUUCAGUUCUGGUGGUGCAGCAGUACAGCGGCGGCAGAGCAGCUCCGGACUUGGCGGAGAAGCCUUCUUCGUCGCCGGAGAAAGACUCGGAGUGAAAUAUAAGAACCGGGUUUUAGGUUUGUAAACCGGUUUAAGAACAUGAGGAAAUUUAUCUUUAACCGGUUGUAUGAGAUCAUUAACCGGUUUGCUAAUCUUAAAUUGGUUUUAAAGCUCCUUAAUAAGCACUGAUAUACGAAAGGUCUUAAGCAUAUUAAAUUCUGCUUUAUAUUAUAGUAUUAUACCAUAUGUUAUAUGUUGAA